CUUUCCUUCUUCCUAGGCGUAUCGUGGCGGGGCCCUGGCGGAGGCCGCCGCGAGCGCCGACUGAGGGGGCGCGGGGCCCGCGCGGGCCGGGACCAUGGCCGCGGAGCUGGAGAGCCUGAACCCCGGCGCCCGCAUCCUGACCUUCCGCCCCACCGCCGCGCAGUUCCGCGACUUCGGCCGCUACGUCGCCUACAUCGAGUCCCAGGGCGCCCAUCGGGCCGGGCUCGCCAAGGUAAUUCCCCCAAAGGAAUGGAAACCGCGAACAUGCUAUGAUGAUAUUGAUGAACUGGUCAUCCCGGCUCCAAUUCAGCAGGUGGUGACUGGACAAUCUGGCCUCUUCACACAGUACAACAUCCAGAAGAAGGCUAUGACUGUCCGGGAAUUUAGAAGAAUUGCAAAUAGUGACAAGUACUGCACACCCCGAUAUACCGACUUUGAGGACCUUGAGCGGAAAUACUGGAAGAACCUCACUUUCAAUGCCCCCAUCUAUGGUGCUGAUGUUAAUGGCACGCUCUAUGAGAAGCAUGUACAUGAGUGGAAUAUUGGCAAGUUGAACACAAUCCUGGACGUAGUGGAGAAUGAAAGUGGCAUAACCAUCGAGGGAGUGAAUACUCCUUACCUCUACUUCGGCAUGUGGAAAACCUCCUUUGCCUGGCAUACUGAGGACAUGGACCUCUAUAGUAUUAAUUACUUGCACUUUGGAGAACCCAAGUCAUGGUAUUCCAUCCCUCCAGAGCAUGGGAAGCGACUGGAGCGACUUGCCAAAGGCUUCUUUCCAGGAAGUGCCCAGAGUUGUGAAGCUUUUCUCCGUCACAAGAUGACCCUCAUCUCUCCAUUGAUAUUGAAGAAAUAUGGCAUCCCAUUUGAUAAGGUGACACAGGAAGCUGGAGAAUUCAUGAUAACAUUCCCUUACGGUUAUCAUGCAGGGUUUAAUCAUGGGUUUAAUUGUGCUGAAUCUACCAACUUUGCUACGCUUCGAUGGAUAGAAUAUGGAAAGCAGUCUGUGUUAUGCUCAUGUCGGAAGGAUAUGGUGAAGAUCUCCAUGGAUGUUUUUGUGAGGAAAUACCAGCCAGAUCGCUACAAGCUCUGGAAAGCUGGGAAAGAUGUGACUGCCAUUGACCACACCCUUCCCACACCAGAGGCAGCAGAGUUCUUCAAGGGGGAGCUCUUCCAGAAAGUCAAGAACGGGAAGCAGUGCAGUGAGGAAAUAGAAACUGGAGAGGCAUGUAAAGAGGAUGUAGACAUGGAUGAGAAGAAGAGUCUGCCCAAGCAUCGCAUAGGAACCAAGAGGCACAGGGUCUGCCUCGAGGUGCCCCAAGAGGUGAGUCAGAGCGAAGCCUUUCCUAAGGAGGAGCUGAGCUCAGCGCAGUAUGAGGUGGAAGUGGCAGAGCCUCCUGUCAGACCCACUAGUGAGCUUGUGCAGCAGGGUGAAGAUGGACUCCCAGUUUCAGAUUAUGUGGAUUCUUCAGAAGUCAAAUUUGAAGAACUGAAAAAUGUGAAACUGGAAGAGGAGGAGGAGGAUGAGGAAGAGCAAGAGGCAGCUGCACUGGAUCUUUCCAUUCCUCAUUCAGUCUGUUCCACCUCAGCCCUCGCUGCUUCUAAGCCGAGUUCAGCUUUCAGCCUUCAGUCCAGCUCUCCAGUAUAUUCUUCUACUUCAGACUCUGAGUCAGCUGAACUCUUGCCCAGAAGAACUGUUGGCCAAGCCGGGGUUCUUACUGUUCAUAGCUAUGCUAAAGGAGAUGCCAAUAGGGCUGACAGUGAACAUGCCUCAGGGAAGAAAGCCAGCGUGACAGCCAGUAUGAAUGAACAGGAACUUGCAGAGGUGGCGGAGGAGUACCUGAGAUCGAUGAAAGAGAGUAAAAAGUCAAAGGGUCGUCGCCAGCCCUUGAGCAAACUUCCUCGUCAUCAUCCUCUUGUGGUUAAAGACUGCAUCAGUGAUGAUGAGAUGUCAGAGCAACUAACUCCUGAAGAAGAGGCUGAGGAGACAGAGGCUUGGGCCAAACCACUUAGCCAGCUGUGGCAGAAUCGCCCUCAGAAUUUUGAGGCAGAAAAAGAAUAUAAUCAGACCAUGGCUCAGCAGCCCCCUCACUGUGCUGUAUGCAUGCUCUUCCAGACAUACCAGGCAGAAUGUGGAGGCCAUAGUCAGAGCUCUGGAGUUGCUCCAAGUACUGCCACCAGGAAGGUACGAACCAAACCUCUGAUUCCUGAGAUGUGCUUCACUGCAACUGGCUGCAGCACUGACCUCAAUCUCUCAACCCCUUACCUGGAGGAAGAUGGAACUAGUGUCCUGAUCACCUGUAAAAACUGCAGUGUCUGUGUUCAUGCUAGUUGUUAUGGUGUGUCCCCUGACAAGGCCACUGAAGACUGGAUGUGCUCCAGGUGUACAGCUAAUGCUUUAGAAGAGGACUGCUGCUUGUGUUCGUUACGAGGAGGUGCAUUGCAGAGAGCCAAUGAUGACAAGUGGGUCCAUGUGAUGUGUGCUGUAGCUGUACUGGAGGCAAAAUUUGUGAAUAUUGCAGAGCGCAGUCCAGUGGAUGUUGGCAAAAUCCCCCUGCAGCGCUUCAGACUGAAAUGCAUCUUCUGUAAGAAGCGGAGGAAGAGAAUUGCAGGUUGCUGUGUGCAGUGCUCUCAUGGUCGCUGUCCUACGUCCUUUCAUGUCAGCUGUGCUCAAGCAGCUGGAGUCAUGAUGCAGCCUGAUGACUGGCCAUUCGUUGUCUUCAUUACCUGCUUUCGGCAUAAGAUUCCAUCCCAGGCAGAGCGAGCUAAAGCUGCUCUUCAAGAUCUCUCAGCUGGGCAAAUGGUAAUCAGCAAGCACAAGAAUGGUCGUUUCUAUCAGUGCGAAGUGGUCAGUCUUACAAAGGAAACCUUCUAUGAAGUCAACUUUGAUGAUGGCUCCUUCAGCGAUAAUCUCUAUCCAGAGGACAUUGUGAGUCGAGACUGUCUUCAGCUGGGUCCUCCUGCUGAAGGAGAAGUCGUGCAAGUCAGAUGGACAGAUGGACAAGUCUAUGGAGCCAAAUUUGUGGCAUCACAUGCCAUUCAGAUGUACCAGGUGGAAUUUGAAGAUGGAUCCCAGCUGAUGGCGAAGAGAGAUGAUGUGUACACCCUUGAUGAGGAGCUUCCAAAGAGAGUCAAAUCAAGGCUGUCAGUAGCUUCAGAUAUGCGCUUCACAGAAAUCUUCACAGAGAAGGAGGUCAAACAAGAGCGGAAGAGACAAAGAGUGAUCAACUCACGCUAUCGGGAGGAUUACAUUGAACCUGCACUGUACCGGGCCAUCAUGGAGUAAGCACUGCCUAUGGUAGAGAAGGAGAGAUGCCAGCCUCCCUAUGGAUUCUAACACUCCAGUACAACAGAGGUCAAACUUGGACAUUUCAAAUCCAUGGGGUUUUUUUUUAAAAAAGGAAGCUAUAAUACUGUACCCUGCAGUAGCUGAAAGGAGAUUGUUGGAUGGUGGAACCGUUCAGUGUUGCAACAGUGGAUGCCUGCCUGCAGGCUCCUCACCUGAAGUUGUCUGCACCGAACAGAGAUCCAGCAAGCCAGCUUGGGAGUUCUGCCUUCCGCAGCUUAUCUCCUCAAACAGUCUUUUUGUUCUUGUCUGAGCCAAAAUUGACAGGUGGCAAACUCUUCUGGGAACUUCACCAGGGAAUCUUGGCAGCUGCAGGAGGAUACAAAGUGUGUCAUUUUUGUUGAAUAAUGUUCCUGAUUCUGGGAGUCUCUCCCCAAUGGCCACACCUGCACCGAGCAGGCAGUAUUACUGGUGCUUGACAUUGAACCUCUUUUUUUAUAUUUAUAUCUGUGUGUUUUGUCUGGAGCAGCUUCAGUUUCUUCUUUCUCAGCAUCUCCCCUCUGAGGGUGGAGCCUCAGGCUGUGGAGAGCCAAGUGGAGUGGAGGCGUUUGUGUGAAGAAAUGAAACGUGAAAAUCAAAUCCUAUUGGACGAGCUGUUUAACUCUCCAUUUAGUUUUUGUUCUGAUUUGAUAUUUUGAGACUUACUCGUGUUUAACUGUAAUGGUCUGUGCCUACGUAUAAAUAGGAAUCUGUCUGGAGUGUCCUGCAGUGCAGCCCUCUAACAAGAAUAUUCGUUCAGCCCCCAAAGAGUACUUGAGCGUACACUUCACUAAGGCAAUAAAAACCAAAGGCUCCUCCUGGAGAGCCAAACACCACAGUAUUGGAGAUGACAGGGCAGCUGUAUCUGUAGCAAUCCAGCACCUUGUCUGUGGCCAUGCUGCCACAGGCUCUUACCUAGGAUAAUUAGAUCUGAGUAUAGGACCCAGUUACAAGAUGCACUGAACUGUACUUGUUAAUGAAUGGUUGUGUAGUGCCACUCAGAAGCUGAAGUGCUGCCACAUUGUUCUGUCUGGCCACAGCUGGUAGAGCAUCUGUUUUUAAAUCCUGUGUAGAGCAUUAAUUGGCCACACUCUUAGUUGAUUUGGAGAAACUUGACUAUCCUAACAAUGGAAAGCUGUCAGUUCAGGAGCCAUGCAUUGCGUGUAUCCUGAAGAUGUUCUGACAUGCUCCUAGUAAAGCAUUAACAAGUUAAAGCAGCAAUUGUAUAAGGAUGUGUGGCUUUCCCACCCUCUGGGAAAGGGACUUUAGACUGUGGGCAGACUGGCUGCCUUCCAGUUGCAUGGAGUGACUUGGGUAGUUUCCCUUUGUUGAGAAAAACAUUGUACAAAUAUACUCAGUUAUUUUCUUUUAAUCCUCUUCACUGACAUAGACCCAUUGCUGUAGUAAAGGGACCUUGUGUACACAAGACCCUGAUUUAUAGCAUUUUCUCUUUGUUUAAAAAAGAACACUAUAAACCAAAUUAUUUUGAAAUCUGGUGCAUCAGUUUGUGAUUAGCAAUAAAUUGUAGUGUUGUGCAGUGACUUUUUGACUCUUGAUCAGCGAAGUAAUAAACAACAAGCUUUUUUGAAAAAUAAUCCUCUGUUUAUACCAAAACUCUUCUAGGAUCAGGAUGCUGAUGUGACUAGUGACAGUACAAAUUUCUAGUGCUCAAGCUUGCUCUUGAUGUCCUUCUCUUACAAUGUGUGGGAGGAAGCCCUUGUUAAUCAGCAUUUGGAUAGAUUCCUGAAAGGGACAGGGCCUUCACUUUCCAGUAACUUAAUUCAUCAUGGUCGGUUUCAAAUGAUGAAUCAUUCUGCCCUCUGGUCUUCUAAUGUACCUGGGAUUAGUUCCUUCUAGACUGAAUGCUGUCCUGUUCAUCACUGGAAAAUCUAUUCUCUAUUCUGCUUCCCCACCCCCAAAAAGGUACCAAUUUAGCUGUCUGGAUGAUGUACAGGCUUCCUACCCAAUCUGCUAUAUUACCUGCAUGGACUGAGUUUCCAUUCUAGGGGGUGAUACUAGAUGUCUGGUAUAAAUACCUAUCUACAAAGAAGGCUCCCACUCUAUAAUGACAACAUAGUGCAAGGCAGCUGGGUUUGUGUCCUGCAAGUGUUCCAGUUCAGUUACGCCAUGCUUUGUCACCUGCCACUCACAGGACUGAGUGACUUUCUGGAGAGUUUCCAUGCUCAAUGUUAGUUCUGGUCAGGGAGCUCUGACUUGAUGUGACCCAAAGUGUUCUCUGUAAACAGACUUCAGACUGAGGGUCUUGUCUGUUGUCUGCACUGUCUUGGAAACCAUUGCCAUCCUUGCUAAGUUUCCUGCACCAUCCGAUAAAGGAAGGUUGUCCCAUUUCUCAUUAACUACAUUUAACAAUGUAGUUUAAUAAACAUAUAUAGAUAUAAAUCUCAUUUCAGGGAGUCCAUAUAAUUUUUUGACUCCAAGUAAAAUCUUUACAUUUUUAGACCGAUUCUGUAGGCACAUCCAUUAAUGUGCUUAAAAUAUAAGGGGCACAAAAUUCCCUUCCUCUGGAGUCCUUUCAAUCUCCGGACAAGUGCCAUUAGGAUGUGAGUUGGGUAGGUGCUUUUGGAAUAUAUUUAAAAUAGGAUGUUACUUCUAGAAAAGUGUUCAAAACACAAAUGUUGAUGCUAACCCACCCCGUAGGGAAGCUCUGGGUGAGAGCUUUUCAUUCGCUCCAUUUGGUGUGGCAUUGCAGAUUAUGGACUGCCUCCCCUCAUGCUAAGUCUGAUUUUUGGUUCAGGUUGGACUCUUCGCAAACUGUAGAAUGGAGCUGUCUGGAUGUAAUCCUGGGCAAGACUGGCAAAUCAGUUUUUCUUUUCCUUUUUAGACCUGGGAAGCAAGUGUCCUGUUUUGCUAACUACUUAUUGUAGAUCCCUCUUUGUCUCCAGACUUCUAAGAGAACUCCUGAUUCACAAGCAGAGCCUUCUGACAGGCAGGGAAGGUAGUUUCAAUGGUUACACCCAUUUUCUAAGAUCAUCCUUCCCAAUUUUCUGAAUGAGACAGAGCUCCAUUCUGGGGUUAAAUGAGUUCUGUAUUGGCGUGAUCAGGGAUGCCGGGGAUGAGAGGUGUCUCACCCUUCUCUGGCCACCCAGCCUGAGGCUUCCAUAUGUAUCUACAGUUCCCAUGCUCCACUUGGGCUCCUGUUGUCUGACCUGUCUACAGCUGUGCUUUGGUUUUGUUUUUUUUAAUGCGAACAUGGGAAGAAAUAAGACUCCAGCAGCCUCUGUAUUGUUUUUAAUUUGAUCUAGUAAUAAACAUAAUUAACUUCAAAA